UUUUUUUUUAUACAUACAAUGGAAACCAUAUCAAGUUCAGAAAGAGACAAGACAGCCGAGAUUGAUCGUUGUCUAUCGAUGAUUGUCCCUUCAGCUUCUGAUGAAUCUAAGUUUGUUGGGAUGUUGAUCCUGCCUAAACUCCUUGAUCAAAACAAACCUCAAGAUAUUGAACGCGUUUUUCAAGGCAUGAAUUUCAAGUUUAUCGAACGCUUAUUACGCACCAAUCAAACUGCGGAUGCACAAAUACCUGAUCCUGUAUUAAAAGAAAUAGCUGUCAAUGUCCUCAGUUGUUUUGCUCAUUAUGAUAACUUGGCAAUUAAACAAGACAUGGCAGACAGGAUCCCUGCUUUAUCUCGACUGUUGAUACCUCAUGAUACACUUUCAAAAGACAUUCUUGAUCUAUUGAUCCAUAUAGCUAUCAAGAAAGAAGGACUAGUGCGCAUGUUGGAUCCUGAUGUCCUCAAGAAUGUGUUUCAUGUCUUAUUGAAUACAGAUGAACAACAAGAAAGAGAGAAAUGUACAGCUCUGAUUGUGUCUGUCUAUCGACAUUCAUCUGAAUGUCUAGCCAACCAAAAGAUACCUAGUCUGUAUUCAGCCACUAAAUAUUCACUUGGUACAUUGAUCUCGAUCAUGACAGACACAUUAGAUCAAGAUCAAAAACAACUCAAGUUUGAAGCAUUGCAUAUCUUGAGUGCUGUCUUGCCUCAUAUGUCGACUGAAAUGAUGCAACAAGUGAAAAAGGAACAAGCAAACAAGUUAGAUGGGUGGUUAGAUACAUGCCUUCAUGGGCUUCGACAAUUACUGACGAGUAAAUUACGCGAUGAGCAAAGAGACCAAGCAUUUACACUUAUUGCAUGUCUCUUACGUCAUUUUGGUCAUCAUUGGCUAUUCAAAUCCUUACAAGACACUAAAUUAGCCAGACGCAAGAAAGAGAAAGCGACAACAGACCAUAGCCCUGCUCACCAACAAUUUGCCAUAGCCCAUUUCCCUGCUCUCUUGAUUCAUUUGGUCUCUAUUGAGACAAAAGUGAUGUUGGAUGACAUCAAUGAUCGACUCAACAGAGAGCUGAAUGAAGGGAAAACAAUUGUGAACAAGACAAGACAAGCAAGACAAGAAGCCAUGAUUCCCAUGUACUUUGAAAUUCUGGAAGCAGCACUCGAAUACCUUUCUUUUCAUUAUGAAUCUACAGGCAUGGAUGCAGACAUGUUACUCAAGCUGAGAAAUACACUGUCUGAUGUGAUGGAUGUGGUGAUGGAACUACUGAAGUUUAUGCAAGAUACAAGAGAUGAUUUAGAACAAGACAUGAUUGCACAAGCAUGUAUUCGUCUUGUGUCUAUCUGGAUGGCAGAAGAAGGCUAUGAAAUGCCAGAAUAAAACAAAACAGU